GAUAACGUUCUGCAUCUGUGAAAGGCUGGCCGUGACUGACCAGCGCCUGUGAAGGGCUCUCUUCACCCUCACCCCCCCACUCCUCUCCUGAGGAGAAGCCGAAGGGCUCUGGCAGAGGCGGGAACGCCUCGCCCCCAGCAUCUCCUGAGGAGAGGCAGAAAGGGUCGGGGGAGCUGAGGGAGAGAGCCACACUAUUGGGGCGAUCCUAUGGUGGGCUGGGUGCGGCGUUGAGGUGUAAACGUGAGGGGAAAGGCGAGCCUCACGCCGCGGAGCGGGCUCUCCUCAGGCCCCCGCUCCGAGGCGGUUGGUAAAGGCGGGCGGUUCAAACCCAAGCGAGGGAAAGCAGCGGCGGUGGCUGCACGCGAGGAGCCGCUUGGCUUCCCUCCACCCACAGCGGCUCCUCGCCAAGGGCAACGGGCUCCGGAGCCGGGCGGCGAGCCGCUGAGGCGGCAGGAUCCCCGCCUUCUCCAGCCAGAAAGCCCGGGGCGAGGUUGGGCGUCGCCUUCGCCUUCCCCUCAGGGAGCCCCGCCGGCCUCUGCCCGGCGGUUUGCCCCGUGAGGGGGUGAAGCUGUUGCUUUGCUCGUGUCCGGCAUUGCAGGUGACCGAGAGGCCCCCGAGCGCUAAGUAGCCGUCAGUUGUCUUCCUCGCUGGGUUGUCGGUAGGGGUAAAUUGUGCUUCGAAUACUGUACCUUUGCUUUGGAAGAGCUCAAAUUGCUUCGCAAAUUAGGAGCCAAAGUCCCAAUCAGAAGAUGUCAGACAGUCACUCAAUAACAUUCAAUAUUCUGAAAAGAAAUAGGCUAACAUCUCCCAGCAGCAGUUUUAGAUACUCUGAUUUUAAAGACACCCGUUCCCCUUCAGUGUUUCUGGAUAAUGAUCCUGAAGCAGAACAUAAAGAAACACCGAGUACAACAAGUUUAUCUUCUCUACAAGAGCAUUCUGACCAUAUUCGCACAAACACCCUCUGGUCUGUGUCAUCAUCUAUUGAAAAAGAAAUGAAUUCUAUCUCCUUAUCAGAAAGAAGAGAAGCAAAUAGAAGUACAGACAUUUUUGAAACUCCUAAAGCGAGUAGAAAAGGCUUCUUGCUACGCAGGAGACUGCUUUUAUCCAAGGCUGCUCCAGCUGGCACACCUGCGGGAUCCUGUGAAAGACAAGCUAGCCCUUCAGGAAGCAGUAGGAAAAAACUACUCUCUUGUGUUUCAAGCUCUGAAGAAAAACCUUCACAAAUUGCUUCAGGUUCUUCAAAAGAAAACAGUUGCAAACACCUGACAAUUAGCACUUCAAAAAUAGAGGACUCUAGUCCUAAUGUCCCAAAACGGAGACUGUCAUUUUCUCAACAAAGGAGUUCUACGCUAGAUGAGACCAAAAGUAAGGACCCCUUAUCACUAGAAACAGAAUGUUUAUCACCAAUUCAGUGUAAGGAUGCUUGUGUUAGUAACGCUAGUGAAUUUGGUGAGAGUGUUAAUGAGGGGUUGCUUCAGACCCCUACUUACAGUGCGUUACCUGAGGCCAAUGAGAAUAAGUUACUGACUACUGUUGAUAGGCUUGUAGAGAACUUUAACUUUGAGCUGUGUAAUAGAAACACUCCCCCUGUUAAACUGGCCAGUUACCCAAGUCUUUCAACACCUGAGGACAGCGGAUAUAAUUCACUUCAACUAGACAAAUCAGGAGACUUAUCGUCUGAUUAUGAGGGUUCUUUCCAAGAGUCAUGUCAAAAACAUAAGGAAGAUUCCAAAAUUCCAGGCAGUAAAAGAAAAGCAAGAAAGCUUGAGCGAGUUAGAAGGUUAUCCACUCUUCGGGAACAGGGCUCGCAGUCAGAGACAGAAGAUCAUUAUGGCAGUCCUUCUAAUUCAGAAUAUAUGCUAACAGAAGAAAGAAAUGUCACUGAAGACCACGGAGUAGUUCUAAAAGAACAGACAAGUGAAGACUUAAUUGUAAAUUAUACAGAUCUCUCCAGAACUCCAGCUCUGCAAGUAGUCCAUGAAAUUUGCUUGCAAAGACAAAGAUCAGACCAAAAUCAAGUAUCAAAGAAUGUUAAUGGAACAGAAAUAUUUGCCUUAGAACACAUUAUUUCUGGACUUAUUGGCAAGAAAAUGGGCCUUGAAAAAUUAGAUAUUUUAACAGAAUUAAAAUACAGAAAUUUAAAACAUGUUCUUGCUAUAGUUUUAGAUGCUUUGACAGUGGAAAGUCUCUGCAGCAUUUGGAAAGUAAGCAAAAACUGGCGUGAAAUCAUUGUACAAGAUAAAAGUGCAGAUAAGAGGAGAAAGUUGUACAUAAAGCAGCUGAAGGAAGAAGCUGGGGAAUAUUUAUUGAAAGCUGAAGAUGCUGCCACAAGACUUAAUGUUCUCAACAGAUCUGCUCUAAGGCCUGUUCAGGCUCAAGCCAGAACUCCUGUACAAACACCGCCUUCUCGCAUUGAAGUUACUCCCAGGAGAUGUAAUUCUGUUCCCCAGUUAACUAGUAGACAGGAAGAAUACAUAAAAGCUGCUAAAACUCUGUUCACCGAUGAAGCUCUGAAACCUUGUCCAAGAUGUCAAUAUCCUGCAAAAUAUCAAUUGGUAAAGAAACGGGGGCUAUGUAGCAGAGAGGCCUGUGCAUUUGAGUUCUGUAUUUUAUGUCUGCAUUCUUUCCAUGGGUCAAAAGAAUGUAAUAGUUUAUCUGCAAAACGGAAGAACAAAGAAGAUGCUCCUCCAGGAAGUGCCCAAAGCAAAAGAAAUUUAAAAAGACUUUAAAUUUGUAAGGCAUGUAAGUCCUUACACUUGAUUCCUUUCUACCUUCUCCUGAAUUCCCAGUCUUGUUCGUAUUCUUAAGUAUGCACAUUUUGAAAAGUCUAAUUUGAUGUGUUUUUGCUGAUUUAUCAAGAUAAUUUCUCAUGUAUGCAUCUUAAUUGUUCAGUAUGUUUUAUGGUUAUGAAAAAAGUGAGUAUUUUAAAACAUUUUAUGUAUUCUUUUACCUGUCAUGUAGUAGUUAGGCACUUACUAACAUCUUAAGUAUUCAAUAAAGUAUCUUAAAUGUAGUCUUCAAUAUCUAGCUUACAGCAUCUCAUAGGUGUUUAAAAAUGUGAUUCUUGUCUUAAUGACAAAUUAAAGAAAAACAUUUUUUUUUUUAAUUUGGGAAUUUAUUUAUUGUUCACUUCAAUUUACAGUAAAUCUUUAAAAAAAAAUCUGUUAAAGUUGGACCUUAAGUACACAUGCAAGAGAUACUUCUACCUUUUAUAAAUGGUGAUACCUCACAAGCAAAUUAUUCGUUGUCUGCGUUUUAUAUCUGAAUAAUUAGAAUAAUGAUUCUGUUGUUUUUAAUCUCUAUAGUGCAAGUCAAUAGAAGAGGAAUCUUAAAUCAAGGUGAUGCUCUGUUUGGUUAUACUGGUUUUCAUGGCAUUUUUCUCUCUUGAAAACUUCAAGUGACAUAAUAUGUAUCUAAAUAAGCUGUUGUGUUACUCUUUUGAUGUGAACUUGUGCUGUAUACUUAGACUUAAAUUUAGCUCCCAGAUACUGGGUCAUUUUCAUACUUUUUCCUUGAGUUCAAGGACAGAAAUAUUCCUUUCUCCAUCUGUAGACUUAAAGGAAAUUUACUGAUCUAGCACUUGAGCAAAAUAUACUGACCAUCUGCAGAAAAAUAACUCAAUCUGUCUCCCAGAUUAAGUGAAUUUCAUGUUUGCCCUAGUAAUGUUAAACAACUUGAAAUACAGACAACACAGUACUUACUGCAUGAAGAUAUAAUGUCAAUUUACAUCUCAAAUUGUCAUUUUUCUACUUGCCAUUUCAAGGAGUUUUUUUGUCACAAACAUCUUGUAGAGUGUUUAUAGUCAGCUUUUCCCUGCCCCCCAGCCUCCCUUUUUUUGUCUUGUGUUUUGUUUGUGACUUUGUAAUUUUACUCUGUGUACUUGUAGGUAAGCCUUAGCUCUAGGCUGUAUUAAAAAAGCAUCUUGAUAAAAUGAGCUUUCAACUAA